AUCAAAUUUAUUUAUCUACUGGGAUUUUAGACAAGUUGUUGUGUUGUGUUCUGUGUGAAUUCUGAAACAUAACAGUGGGAAUUGAUGGUGGUUCUGAGCUUCCAGGUUGUUCAGGUAAGUCCUCACCGACCCGUAUCAUUGCUUGGACAAAGAGCAUGUGGUAUCAUUAGUAUUCGAUGUGGAAUAGCUGAGCCAUCAGGUGUACCAGCUCCUUUGGGACAAAAGACGCGUUACAAUGAUGGCAUUUUUGAGAAGGCUUUCAUGACACUUUUUGCACGUAAAAUGGAAAGAUUUGCAGAUCCAAUAGGGAAAGAUAAAGAGAAGAAGGGUUGGUGGGAUUGGGGUUAUGAUUAUGAGAGUUUCGUGGAUGUGUCAAAGAGGGUAAUGCAGCGUAGGUCUCGUAUUCAGCAGCAACAAGUGGUUCGAGAGGUUCUCCUAUCUAUGCUUCCUCCAGUUGCUUUAGCUAUGUUACCGCAGUUCAGGAAAUUAUUUCCACCAACAAAAUGGGCUGCAGAGUUUAAUGCUGCAUUGACGGUGCCUUUCUUCCACUGGUUAGUUGGGCCUUCUGAGGUUGUGGAAGUAGAGGUAAAUGGGGUGAAGCAAAAAAGUGGCGUCCAUAUAAAGAAAUGCAGGUACCUGGAGAACAGUGGCUGUGUGGGAAUGUGUGUCAAUAUGUGCAAGUUUCCUACCCAAGAUUUUUUCACAAAUGAAUUUGGACUUCCAUUAACAAUGAUUCCUAAUUUUGAAGACAUGAGUUGUGAUAUGGUGUAUGGCCAAACCCCACCUCCAUUUGAAGAGGACCCAGUUUCCAAACAACCUUGCUAUGCUGAAAUAUGCUCUGUGGCAAAUCCAAGCUCCAGUGUAUGUCCUAAACUACAAGCAUGAACACAUACUCCUUUUGGAAUUAAAUGACAAAAUUUGUGUCUACUAAGCUUCUCAUUUCGACCCGAGGUUGUCCUGUUAUCAUCUAGCUUCAGAAAACUUCAUUUAUCACGCAUGAAGUAAUACCAGCCUUAUACUUUUUUUUUCCCUUUAAUACGGUUAUUGCACUCACAAAUGAUUGGGCACUGUCUUAAGAAUACUGCAUUGUAAAUUUGUAGUUAUAAUGUUAAAUAUUAGUUACAUAUCACUUUGGUGCA